AUGAUAUGGUUCCAAGGCGGCCCAGGUGGCAGCUCUCUGCAUGGCAUGCUUUACGAGAACGGCCCUUGUCUGAGCGAUGGGCCGGAUGGGACCAAGUUCAACCCUCAUUCGUGGACGGAGCAUUUCAACAUCAUCUAUCUCGACCAACCCGCCGGCGUUGGAUUCUCCUAUGUUGACGACAAUUCCAACGCCACAUCAUAUCCGUCACGCGCCGAAGAGUCGUCACUUGACGCCGUCACCUUUAUCAGACUCUUUUACGAAGCCUUCCCGGCUUUUGCUGACGUCGACUUGCACCUAGCAGGGGAGUCAUAUGCUGGGCGGUACAUCCCAUCCCUCGCGUCGACGAUCCUCGAGUACAACGACUUCCUGACGUCGGCCCCGGACCACCGAUUGUCUCAGCACACCAUCCCGCUUCGGUCCCUGAUGAUGGGGAACCCGUGGAUCAGUCCCCCUGAGCAGCUUGCGUCGAUGUACGACGUGUCUUGCGUAUCAUAUCGCGACAAAUUCGAACCUCACCUGGACCCUCAAGACUGCUCCAGGGCUUUGGAGGUCGUCGACAGGUGCGAAGCGGUCGCACGCGCAUGUGCCUUGGAAGACAACGAUUCGGUCCUUUGCGCCCUUCCCAAGAAGCUGUGCCAAGACCAAUACGUCGGUAUCUUUGCGAAUGUGACUCGAAGUUACUACGACAGAAGACUCCGAAAUUGCCCCGGCCCCCAGAAUUGCUACCCCGACAUUGAUGAGAUGGUUGGCUUCCUCAGUUCCGACGAAAUCAUGAGGGAGCUGCUAGAAGUUCCGGCCCAGACAGGAGGUCGUAAGCAUCGAUGGGAGAUGUCGAGCCCGCUCAUCGAGAAGAACUACUUCGACUCUGGUGACUUCUACACACCAGCAAUCAAGGAUCUCAAGAAAAUAUUGGCUCAUUCGAGCAAGAAACGUGCGGCAGGAAGUCAAAGCCUUCUCGAUGUCCUGGUUUACGUUGGUGUAACCGACAUCAUAUGCAACGCCGAUGGCGUCCUGGAGGGCCUGCGCCAGAUCAGAUGGGAAGGUCGAACGGCGUUCAGGGCGGCGCAAUGGCAAGAUGUCUCGUGGAAUGCCUCAAGCGGUGGCCGUGGAGGUAGAUUCAAAGGAGCACCAGGGUUGUGGCUUGCGGAGAUCGAAGAAGCUGGUCACAUGGUGCCGCAUGAUCAGCCUGCCUCAUCUCUUAAAUUGGUGGAAACGUGGUUGAGGCACUUAGAAUCAGCUUCUGCCGUAUUUGAUGUCGUUGAUGGAGGGGGGAAAUCUGAGGAAAAGGAGACCUUCUCAAUCUCUCAGCCAAACCAGACGGUGUUUGAAAUGUUGAUGGAAGACAUUGAUUCUGCGGCCGAUCUCUGA